AUGUCUGCUCUGAGGUUGCGAAAGCCUGGCGAUCAACCCAUAUUCGAUCAAGAACAGUGGAAAGUGAUCUCCAAGACCCCCCAGCGGAGAUGGCGGAAAGCUUUCAAAGCCAUAUGCUUCACCAGGGCUCUUAUUUCUUUGUCCAAGAAAGUUAUUGACAAGAAUGGCCCUCUCUUGCGCACCCUCUCUUACGUUGCCAUUGAUAUGCAGCCCGCCGCCGCCACCGCCGAGGAGGAUACCUCGCCUGGCAAACCCGUUUCGUUUCUCAACGUUGAUCCCAAAAUAUUGAGUGACAUGGUAAGGGACAAAAAAUCUGAUUCUUUGAAUCACUUUGGAGGGGUUAAUCAACUUGUUUUAGUCCUUGAAUCUGAUGUAAAACAUGGUAUUACCGGUAGCGAUGCUGAUAUUAUACGUAGGAGGAAUGCUUUUGGUGCCAAUAAAUACCAAAAGAAACCACCAAGAAGCUUUCUUAGCUUCGUCAUUGAAGCAUUAAAAGACACAACUAUAAUCAUUCUUUUGGCAUGUGCUGUACUUUCUUUAGCCUUUGGUAUCAAGCAAGAUGGGUGGAAAGAUGGGUGGUACGAUGGUGGGAGUAUCAUUGUUGCUGUCGUAUUGGUUGUUGCCGUGUCGGCUGUGAGCAACUUUAAGCAAUCAAAGCAAUUUGACAAGCUUUCAACAAAGAGGAGUGAUAUAAGAGUAGAAGUUGUGAGAGAUGGGAGGCCGCAGCCUAUAUCCAUCUUUGAAAUUGUUGUGGGUGAUAUCGUCUGCUUGAAGAUCGGCGAUCAGAUUCCGGCUGAUGGGUUGUUCUUGGAAGGGCAUUCCUUGAUGGUGGAUGAGUCUAGCAUGACCGGUGAAAGCGACCACGUCAAUAUCCAUGAAACAUGUCCCUUUCUGCUUUCCGGCACUAAGGUGACGGAUGGCAUUGGCUUCAUGCUUGUGACUUCUGUGGGCAUGAACACCGUCUGGGGUGAGAUGAUGAGUUCAAUAAACGGUGGCUUGAAUGAGGAGACGCCACUACAAGCUCGACUGAACAAGCUGACUUCAUAUAUUGGAAAGGUUGGGUUGGCUGUGGCUGCAACUGUUCUUGCAGUUCUGCUAAUUCGGUACUUCACAGGAAACACAAAAGAUGACAGUGGAAACAAGGAAUUUAAUGGCAGCAAGACGAAGUCUGAUGAUGUGCUGAAUGCAAUGGUGAAAAUUGUUGCUGCUGCUGUCACUAUCAUCGUGGUGGCCAUUCCGGAAGGCUUGCCUCUGGCUGUGACCCUAACUCUGGCUUAUUCGAUGAAGCGUAUGAUGGCUGAUCAAGCCAUGGUCAGAAAACUAUCUGCUUGUGAGACAAUGGGCUCCGCCACAACAAUCUGCACAGACAAAACAGGCACCCUUACAUUAAACGAAAUGAAAGUAACAGAGUUUUGGCUUGGAAAGGAAACAGUUAAGGAUGAUGAAACAGCUUUGGAUAUGGAAGGUAACGUUCUCAAACUAUUGCAACAAGCCGUUGGUCUAAACACAACAGGUACAGUUUUCAAACAACAUUCUGCUUCUGAUCCUGAAAUUUCUGGUAGCCCAACGGAGAAAGCAAUACUUUAUUGGGCUUGUCAUAAUUUGGAUAUGAAUAUUGAAGAAGUUAAGAAAAAUAAUAAGAUCAUCCAUGUAGAGAUUUUCAACUCUGAGAAAAAGAGAAGCGGUGUUUUGGUGAAGAACAAGAGUGAGAAUACAAUUCAUACUCACUGGAAGGGAGCUGCUGAGAUGAUAUUGACAUCGUGUUCAAGUUAUUAUGACAAAGCGGGGAUGCUGAAAGCAAUGGACUUGGAAGAAAGGCAGCAGCUUGAGACUAUUAUUAAGAACAUGGCAGCAAAAAGCCUCCGAUGCAUUGCCUUUGCUUACAAAGAAAAAGGAGAAGAAAGCAGGCAAGUUCUUGAGAAUAACCUUGAAGAAAACGGACUAACAUUAUUAGGAGUAAUUGGCUUGAAGGACCCGUGUCGAAAAGAAGUCAAAAAAGCCGUAGAAUCAUGCAAAGCAGCUGGGGUGAACAUCAAAAUGAUCACUGGCGACAAUGUGCACACAGCAAGGGCCAUAGCUAUUGAAAGCGGGAUUUUGAAUCCUGAUGGGGAUUUGGAUAAUGAAGCUGUUUUAGAAGGGGUAAAAUUUAGAAAUUACUCACCGGAAGAGAGAAUGGAAAAGGUCAAUAAAAUCCGUGUAAUGGCCAGGUCAUCCCCUCUUGACAAGCUUCUGAUGGUGCAAUGCCUCAAGCAAAAAGGCCAUGUGGUCGCAGUCACAGGUGAUGGAACCAACGAUGCACCUGCUCUAAAGGAAGCAGACAUUGGGCUUUCCAUGGGGAUUCAAGGAACUGAAGUUGCCAAAGAGAGCUCAGAUAUUGUAAUCUUGGACGACAAUUUUGAAUCUGUUGUGACAGUGUUGAAGUGGGGAAGGUGUGUCUACAACAACAUUCAAAAGUUCCUUCAGUUUCAGCUCACAGUGAAUGUCGCCGCCCUUGUCAUCAACUUUGUUGCAGCUGUUUCCUCUGGUAAGAUGCCACUGACUACAGUCCAGCUAUUGUGGGUGAACCUAAUAAUGGACACCUUGGGAGCUUUAGCCUUGGCCACAGAGAAACCCACUAAUGAUCUCCUGGCAAAGGCGCCUGUUGGCAGAUCAGAGCCACUUAUAACCAGAAUCAUGUGGAGGAAUCUCAUUGUUCAGGCUUUGUAUCAGAUAACCAUCUUAUUGGUUUUACAAUUUAAAGGAACGUCCAUCUUUGGUGUAAACGAGAAGGUUAACAACACCCUGAUUUUCAAUACUUUUGUCCUCUGCCAAGUCUUCAACGAAUUUAAUGCAAGGAAGCUGGAGAAGAAGAAUAUAUUCACGGGGUUGCUUCAGAACAAGUUGUUUUUAGUAAUCAUUGGAAUCACCAUAGUUCUUCAAUCGAUAAUGGUGGAGAUUCUGAAGAGGUUUGCCCAUACUGUGAGGCUGGACUGGGGGCAAUGGGGUGUUUGCAUUGGACUUGCGGCUUUGUCUUGGCCAAUUGCUUGGCUCGUCAAGUGCAUCCCUGUUCAUACUUUCUGAAACACUAGCUAAGAUUAUUUCUCACCAUAGAAGUCAGAGGAAAGUCUUUAGGUUCGUUGUUAUUCAGCUUUCAUGGGAUGAAAUUAAAUUUAAGAGUUUGUUAUUUCAAAUGUGUAAAUAUUGAAUCUAGUUUCUAGCUAUAAGCUCUGCAUGCAAGUCUUGAAUUGUAUUUCCUUGAGUAGAUGAUUAAUCGCUACAAAAAAUUUAUUUUUUUGGUAACAGCCCGUUAAUGACGUGUUAUUAGCAACAUGUGUGGCAGGUUAAUAAGUUGAAAGUUACUAAUGAAAAUUUAGUAACGUGUCAAGUUUGAUACCUCGCCCUUGGGUGACGUGUCAGAA